ACAGCAUUUUAAGAGCGAUAUGCAAUAUCACAUUAAGUGGAUAGUUUAACUCUGUGAACGUUAAAUAAUAUAUUUCACCUCUGUUUCUUUAAGACCUUUAACAACCUAUCAGGUUCCAGCAUCAUACCAUUCGUCCAUUUCCUGUUUUGGUUAGCGUCUUUUAGUAGUCCUAAUGACUGUUGAGAAGCGUCUCUAUGUCUUAUUGUCAGCAUUACAUGACAGUUCGUGUCUAGGUAAGACUUGUAAGUGGAUGCGCCCCGUCUUCAACAACUCACUAACACUGUUUAUCUAGGCAUAGAAAAUAGUUUCGCGAUGACAUAAUGCAACAUGGAACUUGGAUGGUUCUCUUUUGCCUCAGUACUGUUGCACUGACGAUUGCUGUAACCCUUCUCUGUUUGAACGAGGAAGGUAAAGUAAAUUACCAAUACUGUACUGGUUUAACAUGUCGCUGUCUUGUAAAUUACAAUCCAUAUAAUAACUCGGUUCCUUUAGGACCCAGCGGAGCACCGACAACUAAUCUCUGUGAUGUAGUACACAUUCUGUCCCUGACGUUUAUGUUGUGGUAUACUCGUGAGAGUAUUGGUGGUGGGGAUCUAUAAUCCGCUUCGGGUUUGCAGGCUAUUCUAAUCUCCUUUGUAUGAACGUGCACUGUCUGAAACAACAUCUGGCUGGUGAAUAUGCGCCAUCUGUGUACAGGUAAACGUUACCUGGUCGUUCUAUCCUUUGUUAAUGAAGCUGUGAAUGUCGAGGUUUUAUACAGGUUGCUGUUGCUGCUAGCUAACUAGUCUUUCACCAGGCGAGUUGCUAACUUUUCCUGGUGUUUUUCCUGACUGCACUGCAUUAUUUAUAUUUAUCUAUAAAUUAAGCAUUAUUGGGCCGCGCGGCUUAUUAUUAUGCUUUUGAAUUCCACACGAGGUUUUCUGUGGUCGGAUGUCGAGACCAGAACCUUGCUUAAAAUAUGGGGCGAGCAGGACAUCCAGACCGCGUUGGACGGAAACUUCCGAAACAGCCAUGUAUACCGCGAUGUCGCCCGAAGGUUAGCGGAGAUGGGGUUCGAAAGGACUCCCGAACAGUGUAGGGUGCGAAUCAAAAGCCUUAAAAGGCAGUUUGUUCUGGCGAAGGAGGGCAACCUUAGGAACAAUGGACAACACCACAAGAUCUGCAAAUUCUAUGAUGCCAUGGAGAGGAUACUGAGCAGCCGGCCCCAGAUUGACCCUCAGGAGCUUCUAGACAGCGGGGUUGUGGGGGAUGAGACCAUGGAUGGGACUGAGGAGGACGAAGAAGACAUAGACCCCCCACAGGACCAAUACUCAGAGAGCACAGGGGAAUGCUCCUACCCAGAGACCCAAGUAAAGCUGGAGUACCCUCCUAUCCCUGUAACAGUGGGAAAUAGCACCGCAGUCAGACAGACGGGCAACAACCAGUCAUCAGGUGGGCCGCCCUCCAGCCGACCCACGCGGCCCAAGAAGCGGCAUGCCGGCCUCCCUCUGGACAGUGUGAUGGAGAGGUUCCUGGAGCAAAGUGCUGAGGCGGAGCAGAGCUUCUACCAGAUGGAGGAGCAGCGUCUGCACGCCGAGGACCGCCGGCGGGAGGCCGAACAUGCCCGCGAGCUGCACAUGCUCCAGGUGCUGGGACAGAUGUUCUCCGGCAUAGCCGCCAGAAACCCUUUUGCCACGGCUGCCGCAAACACGGCGAUGCCUACCGCUCGGAAUACCGCAGAGUUUACGGUGCCGCCAGGCGUUCCCGUGACUGCCGCAGGUCACGUGGCGCGCGGUCGCUCUGGUCACGUCCCGGUUCGAUCGUCUCAGUCCCAUGCUGAGUGGCCCGGCAUCCACAGUCAGCAGCAGUCCAACGCUGGUACACAGCCUCUAGUCAUCGAGCGCUCCUUCUCCCUUGGGUCAGCAGCACGCAGAGGCAUGGAUGAUAUCCUCCCGCUGGUAAAGAGUAUAGUCCCUCCGCUGCUGUCUAAAAAGCACAAAGGUCAAGACGGACGGAUUGGGAUUAUUGGCGGGUGUCAAGAGUAUACAGGAGCUCCGUACUUUGCUGCUAUUUCUGCACUGAAAGUGGGGGCCGACCUGUCGCACGUAUUCUGCACCAAAGACGCGGCAACAGUGAUCAAGUCCUACAGUCCGGAGCUCAUCGUCCACCCUGUGCUGGACAGCCCCAACGCUGUGGAGGAGAUAGAGAAAUGGCUACCCAGGCUCCAUAGCCUGGUGGUGGGCCCGGGACUAGGAAGAGACGAAAUGCUGCUGAAAAAUGCCAAGGAGGUAAUUGAGAAGUCCAAAUCAAGAGAUAUCCCUAUAGUUAUCGACGCAGACGGGCUGUGGCUGGUUGCUCAGCAACCAUCAGUCAUUCAAGGGUAUCAGAAAGGCAUCCUUACUCCCAACUUCAUGGAAUUCACCCGGUUGUAUGAGGCUAUGCACCAUGAGCCUCUGGACAGCAGUGACCAUCAAAGAAGCGCCAUGGAGCUCAGUGUUGCCAUGGGCAACCUGACCAUAGUGCUCAAGGGGGACGAAGACCUCAUCACAGAUGGCAACAAGGUGAUCUUGUGCAGACAGGAGGGAAGCGGGCGACGUUGUGGGGGUCAGGGAGACCUCCUGUCUGGUGCCUUGGGAGUGCUGGCCCACUGGGCAUACACCUCGUCAGCAGACAUGACCAAAAGUGUGAACCCGUCAGUGGUAGCAGCGUUUGGAGCCUGUUCUCUGACCAGACAGUGUAACAGACAAGCCUUCCACAAACUUGGGCGAGCCACCACCACCUCAGACAUGAUCCAGGAGAUCAGCUCUGCUUUCAAAAAACUUUUUGAGAGCUGAGAACAGUAUACAUGGGCAGAAUCCAAGAUACACAGACUAACAUGUACUGUGCAUUCUCUAUAAAAAUGCACAAGUACUAAACACAUAUAUGUUGUACACAACAAACAUGACACUUUCUUCUGAGAAUUGUUUCUACAUAAUACCUGACAUUAGGCAAAGGGCAUAACAGUCAAUGUUAUCAGCUCCUAUCAGAUAUUGUAGCUGUAGCUAGUCUUUGCCUCAGACAGAAAAGCCAAGGCUUUUAAAUCAAGCUCAGACUUUUUGAAUCCAUAUUAAAUACAAGCUAUUGAUUCUGCCUUUUCUUAAUUUUUUUUAGCACGCUUUAGGAAGCGAUCCAGAGCUUCCUGUGAAGCUUCUGCACCUGUGCAAAAUACAAUUUCCACAUGCAUUUAUUCCCAAAACAGUUCCUGUUCCACUCAUACAGAAUAGGAUACACUGGCAAAUCUAUCAAAGUGAUAUCAAAGCUGCAUCAAUGUUGACAAGAUCACAACCACAGAUUAGAAGAUCUGAUAAGUAACAAAAAAGUUGCCAGAUCAAUUCUCAGAAAAUGUUCAACUAAAGAGCCCAAAAAGUAGAUUCCAGCCCUGAAAAUAAUGAGAAAUAUGAGCUUCAACAUAUAGUAUAUUGGUGCUCAAUAAGCGGAAUACUUUUUUUUUGUUACGUUCUCUCUAUUACACUGGAUUCAUAAAGAAAAAAAAAAUAACCAUAAAAUGUUAACCUCAUAGUUUUUGUUUUUCAUUGCAAUAUUCCUUCUCCAGUGUCUCAAUGAGUCUCUAAAAGAUUACUAAAAUUACCUCUUGUUUUUCCAAAAUGUUAACACGAAGCACAUGAUUUAAAGGGGCACAUGUGGGUAAAGUCAGAUUAUUACACACAUUGAUAUUAUCCAACUAUGCAAGUGACAGACUUAACAGUUGGCUACACACUGUGUCGCAUUGAGCAAUAGUUCACCUGGUGUAAUUUAGAGCACGCUUUCCAAACGGUUCAUCCUAUUCCAAAUUGACCCUCCUGCAUUCACUGUCAACCAACAACAUAACACUGCUAGCUGUCACAGAUUCAAUCUCCUGUUUUGUCAAUAACCCUUUACCUUGGACAUAUUAAAAUAUUGUUGGAACUGUAACACCCUCGUGCAACAAUUGUGUCUCCUGUUUUUGUCAACCACCCUUGACAUUGGACAAAUUAAAAUGUGGAUGGAAUUGUUGUAA